AUGAGCAUAUUCUCUGACCUCUUAGAGAAUUGCAUCGAAGUCUUCAUGGAUGAUUUCACGGUGUAUGGGCAAACUUUUGACUCGUGCUUAGACAAUCUGGAAAAGGUACUACAGAGGUGCGUGGACAAGAGCUUGGUGUUGAAUUAUGAGAAGUGCCACUUCAUGGUUAGAGAAGGAAUUGUGCUCGGACACGUGAUAUCAGGCAGAGGAAUAGAGGUGGACAAAGCAAAAAUUGAAAUCAUUGCCAAGCUACCAUAUCCAACGAACAUUAAGCAGCUACGAGGAUUCCUUGGGCAUGCUGGAUUCUACAGAAGGUUCGUGAAGGACUUUGCAAAGAUUGCCCAACCGAUGACAAAGCUGCUACAAAACGAAGUGGAGUGGAAUUUUGAUGAGGAUUGCAAGGAGGCGUUCCAGAUCUUGAAGAACAAUCUAAUCUCCGCACCCAUAAUACAACCCCCUGACUGGGGAAUGCCAUUCGAGGUAAUGUGCGACGCCAGUGGAUAUGCCAUAGGGCAGUUCUUGGGCAGAAGCGGGGAAAUGAGAGUCACGUCAUCUAUUAUGCCUCAAAGACACUGA